UAGACACAAGUUUGACAUACUUAAGACAAAGACCACAGCAAUUGUGAGUUGUUUUAAGCAGCUGAGGAAGGAGCAUCUCUCUGUAACUACUUCAUCACAACAGUACAGGAAUUUGAUGCCGCAUGUGGAAAAGAAAACAGAGACUGUAGGACGUAAUCAGCUCUACUGACAACUCUGGAUAGUGUAGACAAGAAGCAGCAGGAGACCAGAGCUGCAGGAAGCCAACAUACCAUCACUAACUAGAUAAGGCUUCAGGAGGGAACCUCCAAAAACACACCAAAAGCUCUUUCAACUUAACGCAAGGGAAGGAGGGGAAAAGUAACCCUGGUGCUAGAGAGGAGUCAAGAUUUGAAGGGAUAAAGAGAAACCUAAAAAGGACUUUGUUUCAGUGUUACAUGAGAACGUGUGCGUGGAGGACUGACUGAACUGAAAGCGGCUUUGAGAAGAAGUGAGAACCGCAGCAACAAUCUGGAGGACGAACAGCAAGAGGUCCACCUAGCCCCACAGCACAAUUUCACUAUGAGUAUGACUGGUACUCUAGAGAAGGGGGCCCACCACCAGGCCUUGGACCUGUCCGAAGAACUGCCGCCUCAUCACCACCACCAUCACCAUAUCAACCACCUCCAGCAUCUUCACCACUCCAACUCCCUGGCCUCCACCACCGCUGUGGGUGGAGGAAGAGAAACACCUUCACGUGUGGUCGUACCUCCUCCUUAUUCUGCAGCCGAGAGCGGUGGUGGAGGCAGUGACGCUCCUCUGGAGCUGCGGGGGUCCCUGGACUGCUGGGCCUGCUCUGUGCUGGUAACGGCUCAGAACCUGAUUAUUGCCACGAUCAAUGCCUGCCUCGCUGGACUGGUGUUCGGGAGCAUCCUGACGCCCGCCAUUGUUAUGGUGGUGUUUGGCUUCCUCUGCCACUCUACAGUCCGCCCUCAUGGGACGACCCCCUACUGUUCAGACCUGCUGACUGAUGGAGGCUGUGUGGCUCUGCUGGUGGUGGGCUUCCUCUUGGUCACCCCUUUACUCGUGUUGGCGCUGGCGGCAUACUGCCGCCUGGCUCGACACCUCCAGCUGGGCCUGUGCUUCAUCCCGUACAGCCGAGCCGUGUACAAGAACCUGCCAGCCACCCAGCACCGUGGCCUGGGCACUGGCUGCUGCGGUGGCCGAGAUGGAGCCGAUGGUAGUGGGAAGGGAAAGGUCUGGGUGUGAGGUGAAGGUGGGAGGAAGGGGGAGAGGGAGACCAUUAGAUCAAGGGUAUGAAGGAAGAGGAGAACAGGGUGGGGGGUUGUAUGAGAUGACUAAGAAAAGGCAGUGGCUGGAAGGAACGGCAAAGUGUAUACCACAGAAAGGAGGAAGUUGUAUAUGACAAUUACAAUAACAACCAGCUCCACAUCCUGGAAGACAAGUGACACUGUUAUCAACACUGAUAUAUCCCCAUACCUUAAUGUUUUUGUCCUUAAGCGGCAUUACUGAUUGUUCAGAAGAAAAAUGAACAUGGUGUACGAAGGAAUUUUGUUAGUUGGUAUUAUUCCACACAUUGGCUGUUACUGGAAUUUUAACAAUGUUGUAACUUUCCAGUUCCACGUCUUUAAACACUGAGCAGAGGACCAUUUACUAUCGUGGCGUGUAUUCUCUCUAAUUCUCUAAUACUGAAGUUGUAAUUAUAAAGCAUAAAGCAUCUAAUCACACCUGCAUACAACCACAACGGUCCUGAAUUAAUCAGGGAGAAUAAGAACGGUGAAAAUAGCACACUGUGAAAAGGUUGUACUGACACUAAAACAUUAACUUGUAUCUCACCACAUAUUUGUCAUUAUGAAAAACUAUUUGUCUAGUUUCCUGUUGAGUUGUUGCAAACUGUGACUGCAAUUAUUUUCUUUUAAUAAAUAAAGUUUUUGGAUUCCA